CGAAAUCUACUUUUGCCACUUAAAGACUUUAUAUCUGCAUUCUAUUGAGCUCUCUACUAGCAAAACCACUUUUACAAUGAUUUUGCUGCUUCAUGCUAGGCAAGGAAUAUAAAGUUUUUCCUAAAUGUCUUCCCUUAGGAGAAAAGCUGUUAUUGAACAACUCUGCCUUGAGCCAGAAAGGCCAGAAGCCAGCAGAAAACAUCACUGAUGGCAUCACCGGUGGAUGCUUUUUUGCAGGUUUGUGAGUCUUUCCCCUGAACCACAGCUACAGCACAACGUAUGUGCAGGAAGAAACGUAUGGCAGCCAUGCAUUUUAUUUCAUGGGAGCCACACAAGGGCUGCAACUGGGAUGAAUGUGGAUAUAAGAGGAGAUGCUCAGAUUGGAGCACCGCUUGCUAUCCUCUGCAUCUUCUGAAGCGCAGGUGGCAAGCCAAUCUGCUUGUCAGCUGAACCAAGACUCUGAAAAGUUUGGAGGCAGUCUAGCUGUUGAAGAAUCCUCUUUAGGAAUAAAUCCUACUGGACAGUCAUCGCAAAUCCCCUUUGCAGUGUUAUUGAAUAUGCUCACUUAGUCCUCUGAGUAUUUUCAAGUUAGAGUGGACCUUUCUUAAAGCAGUGUCACACUGUGAACAGCAGCUGGUGGGCAAUUCUGCCUUCCUUCAGGACCUGUGUCAGUCCUGACUCAGUACGCUGUAUCCUGGAAGAGACAAACUCCAAGUUCUCUCUCAGAACCUUCUCAUUCUUCAGAAGUUGACACUAAUCAUAAAUACAGUUUUUCACCUGGGAAACUAGAUUCUUCAUUUGCAAAUCACUGUUAUUCCUCAAUUUCUUGUUCCAUAUCAAAUAAAAUCAAUGAAAUUCUAUCACCUGUCUUAAGCAGGUCUGAUUAAUCCUUUUCUGAACUUAAAAAUUGGUACUUAUCGAUCUUAUCAGUCUAAAUACGACCUCUGUCAUAUUCGCCAUAGAGUGAACAACAGUACAACAUAAAAGUAUUACGCUUCAGGUUUCCUCUGCUUAAUUUAGCCAUAAUAGCAUGGUCUAGCUGCCUUCUAUUUAAUUACACCUCCAGUCUGCGUGACACCCUGUUCUACUAAGUUUUUUAAAGAGAUCCUUUCCUUUGCAAAACCAUCGCACAUUCUCAACUCAGUAGGCAAUGCCGCUGUCUGAAAGUUUCCCUAAUCAACGCACACGCGAAUUGAAUGGAGGCAUGUCCCGGGGGGAAGGCUCCUUUCUCCCAAGCAGAGAGCAGGUACUCCUGCCUUAUAAGCAGUGAUGGAGUCUUGCGUGGGAAGUCGUGCAAAGACUGAAAUCCACAACCCGCAGCUGUUUGAAAUCCCAUCUACCUGUAGAAUAUAUUGACUGAACUGCCUAUAAUUUCGAAGUAGCUGGAUAGGAAACACCGCUUCAUCCCCGCAGGCUAACCGCAGGCUUUCACCCCCGUCUGCAGCCGCAGCUGAAGCAGGCAGUGCGCCUUAAGCCCAGCGUUCCCGUGCCGGAACCUCCUCGCAGGCUUGUUCGUGGGCAACUCCCCCCUCGGCACCACGGAGCGAGCGGGAAGGGGAGUCCCGGCCUCCGCCGCGGACGGGGAGACCUCGGGACGGGAGCGGCCGCUCACCCGCGUCCCCCCGCGGCGGGGUGAGGAGAGCCGGGGGGCAGAGGGGGGCUUGAGGGCGCUGAGGCUGAGAUGCCGCCGAAGGCUCCGCGCGUCUCCCAUCCCCGUUUCCUUGCGAUGGGAAGCGGCUCUCGGGCGGGGACACCGCCGCCCGUCCCGGGAUUUUUAUCGCUGAAGAAUUAAAAAUGGAGAUUUGGGCGCGGAACCCACUGGGGCUGCCAGGCCCAGCCCCGCCUCCUCGGGCCUGGGCGCGGGGGCGGCGGCGCGCUUAUCCCGGGACGGGGCCCCAUCCGCGGGGUCCUUGUGACGGCCGCCGCCGCCGCGGGCAGGACAUGAUAGGUAGAAAAGAAUCCUGCGCUUCAGGACAGAUGCUGAUGACUGACCUAAGCUGCCUUGCCUACGUACUGGAAGAAUGGACUGUGGUGGAGUACCUGAAGAAAUACCUUUUUCAUGUAGUCAUUGUCUCACUGACAAUGAGUGCAAUAUUAGUUUUUUUUAUAGUUCCUUUAACAAUCCUCUUUUUCAUUUACCUUACUAAUAUUUUGCUUUUAAUAUAUCAGAGGAAUGGUGAGGUAAAAGCAGAUCCCUUGAGUGAUGUUUGGGAUAGUGCAAGGAAAGCCAUAGCAAGCUUUUGGGAUAUAUAUGCAAGAAUAUGGCAUGGUUACGAGCUUCAUGGUGUGGAAAACCUACCAGAAGGACCAGGCAUUCUUGUGUAUUACCAUGGAGCUAUUCCUGUAGACUACCUUUACUUUUUGUCUAGGCUGUUUCUCUGGAAAAAAAGACUUUGUCUGUCAGUAGCUGAUCAUUUUGUCUUUCGUUUACCAGGACUUAAAUUAUUAUUGGAAGUGACGGGCGUUAUGCCAGGUACAAGGGAAGAAUGUCUCAUUGCACUGAAGAAUGGACACUUGGUGUCCAUCUCGCCAGGUGGAGUUAGAGAAGCACUAUUCAGUGAUGAAAGUUAUCAACUCAUGUGGGGAAAUCGAAAAGGGUUUGCUCAGGUCGCUCUAGAUGCAAAAGUGCCCAUCAUUCCAAUGUAUACUCAAAAUGUCCGGGAAGGAUAUAGGAUGUUUAAAGAAAGAAGAUUUUUUAGACAGCUGUAUGAAAGUACUCGAUUGCCGUUUACUCCUCCGUAUGGAGGACUUCCAGUUAAAUUUCGCACAUAUAUUGGGGAGCCAAUCCCUUACGAUCCGAAUAUAACUACAGAGGAAUUAGUUGAAAAGACAAAGACUGCCGUCCAGGCUCUCAUAAGCAAGCACCAAACAAUCCCAGGCAGCAUAUGGAAGGCUUUACUGGAGCGAUUUGAUAAACGUCGUAAAAGUGAUUAGAAUGCUUAUGUUUAUUUCAUUGUUUUUACAGCAUACAGUAAAAAACAAUGUCCUACGGCAAUGAUGACUAAUAAUUGGUGUUCAACCAGUUUAAUUUACAAGUUUCUACAGAUUUGACAGAAGAAAACAAUUAACCUCUUGAAGGUUUGCCUGUGUCUUUGAAGAUAUUCUGAAGUCA